AUGAAGCAGCAAAAUGUCAGGGAAGUCAGUAAGUACUGGAUCUGUUAUGCGACCUUAGCUAUUCCGCUCAGCUCUGCCAGCACCGAGAUUGGAAUACAGAUUGCAGAAGGGAGUGUCGAUGACAUGAAGCCCAGCUUUAAAUCUUCCCAAGGGACACCCAGGAGACUCAGCAAUGGCACUGAGGCCAAAGGCACAGCCCUCAUGGCACCUGUCAAACCGCAGUCUCAUCCGCACAGCAGAAGUGUGAUGGCGGCAGGCCAGACAUUCGCUGUUUCUCUUGCCACCUUCUCCUGCUCUGAAAGCUCCAUCGGCUCCUCUUCUGUGGCCCUGAAGUCUCUGUGUCACUGCCAGGAUGCAGUUUGUAUAGAAGCAAGAGGGCGGAAGAGACGGAAUUUCAACAAGCAAGCUACAGAAAUUCUGAAUGAAUAUUUCUAUUCCCAUCUCAGCAACCCUUACCCCAGUGAGGAAGCCAAAGAGGAGCUAGCCAAGAAGUGUGGCAUCACAGUCUCCCAGGUAUCAAACUGGUUUGGAAAUAAGCGAAUCCGGUACAAGAAGAACAUAGGUAAAUUUCAAGAGGAAGCCAAUAUUUAUGCUGCCAAAACGGCUGUCACUGCCACCAAUGUGUCAGCUCAUGGAAGCCAAGCUAACUCGCCCUCCACUCCCAACUCAGCGGGUGAUGAAUUCUCUGCAUCACGGCAUGCUGCUAAGGCUAAUGGAGGUUGGCAGGAUGCUACUACCCCUUCAUCAGUGACCUCCCCUACAGAAGGCCCUGGCAGUGUUCACUCUGAUACCUCCAACUGAUCUCCCAGCAAUCGCAUCCCGGCUGACCCUGUGCCGCAGUUGGGGCAGGGGCAGGAGGGAGGGUUUCUCUCCCAACGCUGAAGCGGUCAGACUGGAGGUCGAAGCAAUCAGCAAACACAAUAAGAGUCUCCUUCUCUUCUCUUCUUUGGGAUGCUAUGUCAGCCAAUCUGGACACUUCUUUAUACUCUCUUCCCUUUUUUUCUGGGUAGAAGCCACCCUCCCCUGCCCCCUGCUGUCAGACUGAUUUCUGUCAUCUUCCCUGGCCCCUGUUCUCUGUUCUAGAUGCCCCAAGUUCCUGCCCUCUAUUAUAUCACUGAAGGAUAUUUUCCACAAUUAGAGGAAUUUAAAAAGGAAAAGCAAAUUACAAAGAAAACAAUAAACGUAUUUGUAUGUUUUCAUGCUGGUGGUUUGAGGAGCCAAAUUUACCUCACUCGGAGCCCUCAUCCCUAUGCUGACAGGCAAUCCUUCUGUCUCUCUUGUUACUCUCACUACCUCUUAGCAGGAAUACACCACACUGCCCUACUCAUUCCAGGCCACUCUUUCCAUUUCCCCCUUCUUUCUGGGAACAACCCUGAUUUCUUCCUCUUCUUUCUGGCCCCCGGUGUUUGUUGGGGACUGCCAUAACUGGGCUUCUCAAGGUGCCACAUGUCCCUGAGUAAUUCUAUCAGGUUGAGUCCGAAGCAGGAAGCCAGGCGGGGGAGGCCGCAAGAAACAGCAAAGGCAGAAUUCCUACCAGCUCUCUCAUCCAAUUAGAGACAGCUCUUGGUCUCAGAGACAGUCUGUGGAGACCAUUCAGCCAUUCAGUGUUCGGAACCUCAUGCAAGCCAGGUCUGAGAGAGCCAUCCUGAUGAGUGUGUCUGUAAAGAGUGAAGGCAUAUCAUCCUGAAAGGUUUCACUGUCCCUUCAUAGACGUGCACGCACAUUCAUAACGCACAGGUGGGCACACACUCACAACCUUACAGCCUCACUCGGAAGGAUGAUACUAGCCCUUCAUCACUCUUCCCAACAGAAGACCCUGGCAGCGUUCACUCUGACACCUCCCUCCCAAAUGAUCUCCCAGCAACAGCAUCCUGUGCAGAUGCACACAAUAGCAAUCAUCCCGCUCUACCUGGUGAGCCUGAGAGAGAAGCAAUGUGUGCCUGGGGCUUCUAGGACCCACCAACCCGUACUGGCCACAGUAGAAUGCAGGGUGUGCAGGUCAGAUUUCAAGUGUAAGCUGUCUUCAUCCCUCCCACCUCUGGAGCGCUCAGGGAGCCAUACGCAGGAAUUCCAAUGUGUAUGGAUCCUGGCUUCUUUCUCUGGAGAAGAGAGUGGGAUAGGUGUGUGGAUAAUUUUUACUAGUUAAUUCAAAGAAUCAUAGAAGACAUAAGAAUCAUACAUAGGGUGAUAGUUUUUGUUGGCUAUUGUUGAAAUGGUCACUGUGAUCAAUGCACCAUGGGGUUGACAGAAAAUAACAUUUGCUGGAAAGGUAGUCUAGCUUUGGAGUUGAGCUUAACUUCUCCAGUCUGCCAGACAUAAUGAGGGCAGUUCUGCCAGUGGAUUAAGUGGUAUGUGGUCAGAUGUCUUUGGGGCCUCCUGCACUUCAUCUGUAAAAUGGGAAUGGUGGUUGGCUCGCCAAGGGGCUUGUAAGAGCCCCAAGAAACUGGCUCUGUUUAUACAUGUAACCUCCAAGUCUGAUGGUCAGGGAAAGCAAUGUGCCUUUGAUGAACAUUCCAUGCUAGGUCAGAACAGUACAUGGUUUUCUUGUUCCAGUGUUUGCUUGUUAUCAGUACCUUGUUGUCAUCACCACAAUGACAGAGCGCUGUUCCAGGAGCUUCCUGCUCUGAUUUGGUUUUGGUCUGUUUGUCUUCUUGGGAUAGAGAAGAGAUUCUAAACUAGAGGAGUAGAACCUGGUUUUAUUAGUUUCUACUUGAAUCCAAUAUGUGGCCUUGCAAGUCCUUGUCCCAAUCACAGCUACUUCAGGGACUUCCAGGCAAAAAGUACAAGAGCUCGAGGGCUUAGAAAGCAGCCCACAGGGUCAUACACAUUCCACAUGGUGUUGCAGUAAUGCACAUGUUCUUCAUGUGUGUUAGGAGGAGUAGGACAUGCAAGCCGGGAAAUCUGAGAUGAGAAUUUGAAGAUGAUGCGGAAAGUAAUUGUCUGACAAAUGGACAUAUGUCUAGCUGACUAGAAAGACUAUCCAUUAACCUUGUGCCAUGCUCAGAACAGGGUGUCUAGAAGGGACAACAUCACAAGACUGUAGAGUGACGAGAGCCAGGGGUCUUUGUUUUUGUGGCCGGAAUGCAGCGAAACUACUCAGAGACAUGGUUGGAUCACAUCAUUUAACAUGGAGCAAAGCGUAAGAGUUACGGAAGGGUUCUCCUGGAAACAAGUAACUCCAGAUCUGGACUGAACGCAAGGGGAUGAGUGGAGCGUGUCAAAGUGGCGCUGCUCUCACACAGGCUGCUUCUCUCCAGGCAGACCCAGCACCUCACUUCACCUUUAGGUCCAACACUGAGCCUGUAGCCUGUCUCCGUGCCCACUGUCACCCUCCAACAGGGCAGCCACCAGAACUCUGUGGCCAAGCAAGGCUAGGAAAAGCUGGCAGCCUCGGGCUAGGAGUGGAAAGAGUAAGCCUCUAGAAACUCAACUCCCUAGGAAUUCCUGUCAGCUAAAUCCCUCAGAGCCCCUAAAAAAAGUGCCCCGGGAUUUCUUCAUGGUCUCCCGUACAAGGGGGAGUGCUCCAUUUUCCACAACAGCAGUUUUCUCUGAGAAAUGGUAGCAGACCUUGGGUUUGCCACUGUGUACACUUUUAAUCGCCCCCCUCCUCCUCCUCCUGUUCCUGCUGGAGAAUGGGCUCCUGGGUAUCAGGAGCCCAUUGAGCCCACUGGCACCUUCUUUCUACUUCUUUCCCUGU